AUGUUUUAACAACAAAAUUAUGGAAUAUUUCGAAUUAAAUAAUUAAAAUAAUAAUGGCAAACAUAUUCUUUUAUCAUUACAUAGGAGGAUAAUUAACUUUAAAAAGAGUAUUUAAAUUUAAAUAAAGAUUUUUUCCCAAAUACAACUACAAAUUCGGAUAGCUUACAUUAAAUAGUAUAUAUUUAUCUUUAAAUUACAUAGAACCUGGAGAAGGAAUAUAAGGAAUCUUUCUUUCACAGAGACACUAAAAAUUUGAUGGCUCUAGGCGGUGACUUCACAAAGUUAAAUGGACCAGGAGGUAGAUAUCCAUUUAUUGAGAAAAAAUUUGCUGUAAGCAGAUUGUUUGAAGAUUCGGAAGAAAAUUUCAAAAUCAAGCUCAUCGAACUAAGACUUUAUUCAUAGCUAAAUCAGAACAAAACAUGA